CACACCCUAAAACUAGUGUUCAAAUGUUGCCUUUUACGAUAACCUUUUAGUGGAAAGGCGGCCGCGUGUCGCCCAAAAGAUAUACUCUAUGCUACUGCCGUCUACCGAUUUCACAGCUAUAUAUUCAUUUCCUAUACAAUCUGCUUCGCAGGUUUUGUUCCAAUUUCAAGGUGUUGUUCCUUCCCCAAUUCACAGAGGAUUGAAAUUGGUGAAUUUGAUAUGGCUGGGAAGAUUAUGCAUGCUGUUCAAUACGACUCUUAUGGCGGUGGAGCCGCUGCCUUGAAGCAUGUGGAAGUUCCUGUCCCAACUCCAAAGAAGGAUGAGGUCUUGCUAAAACUCGAGGCUGCAAGCAUAAAUCCUGUUGACUGGAAAAUUCAGAAGGGCAUGCUUCGUCCCCUUCUUCCUACCAAGUUUCCUUUUAUUCCUACUACCGACGUGGGAGGAGAGGUUGUAGAGGUAGGAUCUAAUGUAAAAAGCUUCAAGGCUGGUGACAAGGUUGUGGCUAUGCUCAAUACCCUGAAUGGAGGUGGAUUGGCUGAGUAUGCGGUGGCUAAUGAGAGUUUGACUGUUCCAAGACCCGCUGAAGUAUCAGCUGCAGAAGGUGCAGGUCUUGUUAUUGCAGGUCUUACAGCUCUUCAGGCCCUUGUCAAUCCUGCUGAGGUUAAGCUCGAUGGAACUGGACCCAGGAAGAACAUUCUAGUUACGGCUGCUUCGGGUGGUGUCGGUCACUAUGCUGUUCAACUGGCAAAACUUGGUAACACCCAUGUUACUGCCACCUGUGGAGCGCGCAAUAUUGAUUUUGUGAAGAGCUUAGGAGCAGAUGAGGUUCUUGAUUACAAGACCCCAGAGGGAGCAGCUCUUAAGAGUCCAUCAGGACAAAAGUAUGAUGCAGUGAUUCACUGCACGACAGGCAUCCCUUGGUCUACCUUUGAGCCUAAUUUAAGUUCGAGUGGAAAGGUGGUCGAUAUAACUCCUGGAGUUAGUGCCAUGUGGACCUUUGCAGUAAAGAAAUUAACCUUCUCAAAGAAACAGUUGGUGCCACUGCUUCUGAUUCCGAAGAAGGAGAACCUGGAAUUGAUUGUUGGGCUUGUGAAGGAAGGGAAACUUAAAACCGUGGUCGACUCCAGAUUUCCUCUGAGCAAGGCAGAAGAUGCUUGGAGCAAGAGUAUUGAUGGACAUGCUACCGGAAAGAUUGUUGUGGAGCCAUAGAGUAGUGGUCUAAAAGGCUUGUGUGCAGUUUGUCAUCUGGCUUGUAUCACUCAUAAACAAAAGCUAAAAACUAAGAACAGUAAGUUCUAUUUUAUAAUUCUAAAGUCCUAAUAGUUAUUCUAAAUUUAGUCCUCUUAAAAA